AUGGCCAACAUCGAUCCCGUAAAUGAGCCAUAUGACGACAAUUUGUAUUUUGAUCCCUCGGUUUUGGAUAAAAAGGAAUAUGAAGAUUUCUCUCACUUCUUCCAAGUUGAUAUUGUGUUCGGCAGUAGGGAAGAAUUAAUCAACUGGGCGAAAGAAACUGCAGUUAGUCAUUGUCACCGUUUGAUUUGUCAGUCUAGAAGGGAGAAUGCACAGUACAUGACGUGUGACAAAUACGGACAUGGCCGACAAACGAAUAUCGAUGUGGAAGAUCCUAGAAACUCAGGAACAAAAAAAUGUGGUUGUCCGUUCAAAUUGAUUGGCAAAAGGUCAAGGUUUGAUGAAUUAUGGCGGUUGACUGUCAGCGAUGGCAGGCAUAGUCAUCGUCCGACUUUGUUUCCUCACGGACAAGGUACGACUAGUCGUAUAACUCCACAACAGAAAGCAAGAAUUAAAGAAUUGCGAAAUUCUCACGUGAAGCCAAUGCUGAUCAUGGAUAGACUGAGAAAAGAUGAUCCGACGAUACAAACCUCUAUGAAGCAUGUUUACAAUGAGUUGGCCAAGAUUAAAUCUGAGGAAAUGGAGGGCGUGACUGUUAUUCAGUUUAUGAUGCAUAACUUUCAAAAAGGCGAGUAUCGAUAUUGGCAUCGCGUCGAUAGUGAAACGAGCAACACGAUUACAGAUAUUAUGUUUGCAUGUCCCGAAUCUAUUAAGUUAUUACGGUUGUUCCCGUAUGACUUACCUUCCUAUAUUUGGCAGUGGUCACUUAUCAUGUAUGAUUGUUGUGACAUUGCACAACAAUCAUUUCAUGUUUGUUAA